AUGGAAGCUCUCGACAGCGACAACAUGCUCAAUAUUGCGCAGCAAUCGCGACACCCAACCGAAAUGAUCCACUCCGGAACGAUCAACGGCAGACACGAGCACGUGAUUCGUGGUCAUCAACCGACUAUCGGGCAGGUCGUUUACAUAUUCCUGGACAACAUCAAGCUCCGAUUCGGUGAACAUUCGACUGAGGUCAUCAGCAUCUUGAACAUCCUUGGUACAUUCCGAGCUGGAGAGAUGUCGAAGAAAGACACACUCGUUGCGAUCAGGAACACGCUCGGAGAUCAUGCAGACCUCAAGCAAGAUCUUCUGAAUAUCCUGUUUCACAGAGAGGCCGACUGGGGCGUGGGCGACUUCGACUUUGGGUUCCGCCAGCCUCUCGAACAACCCAGCCCUAGCCCUCAAUUCCUGCAGCCGACUCAUCAGCCUCAGAUGCGCUUACCCCGAAUCUCUCCACUAUGGCACGAGGAUGAUCAUACCUACUAUAGCCAGCCUUGGUCUUCUGUCACCAACGGUCCGAUGCUCGACCAUGCGCAGUCUCCCACCGGCAAUCACUUCAAUUCGCCAGCAAUCUCUUACCAAACCCAACUGUCUCCAGCUCUCUCGCCAAGGAAGGGAAAGACUGCCACCGCUAGCCCAUCUGUGCUUGGAGUACCCGUCGCUGUACCCAUCGGCCAGCCCAUCGACGAGAUGCCCCCUCCAUCAAAGAAACGCCGUCGUCGUCAAAGCUCAACAAUCCAGGCUAAGACGAAGGAGGAACCAAGAGAAGAAUAUGCCGAGAUCGCUGAUCGACUCUCAGACCCAACCCAGCCGGAAAAGAAGAUCAGAGAGGCAAACACCAUGUCGCAAGGAACAGGAGGGCCAUACAUUCACAGUCUGUGCGGCAAGGGAUUUUCCGGCAGGUCAAAGGUCAAGAAACACCACUGGGGUAAGAAGCUUGAUGAUCUGGAGACAACUAGCGGUUGUUGGGCGAAGAACAACAAGCCAUACGUGAGCUGGAACGAGCAUCCGAGCUGCAGAGAGGGCGUGGCACAACGAAAGCCUUCAUCGGCCGUUCUGAAACCGAAAACGUUGACCCAAGAAGCCCCAUUGGUGCCUUCGAUGGUACCUACCUCUGGAGACCGCAACCAUUCUUUUGCCGACACUUCGCGGUCCCGCCAAGAGAGGGAGCAGCCUAUCGAACACAUGAGCUCUUAUCAUUCUCAUCGGCUGCCUACUCGAUCAAGUUUCGACGACCUGCUCACUGCUGUCAACGUCGCAUCCGAGAUCGACGCGCCACGACCGCAAGGACGCAUCGACUCAGUGGUCUCUCAUCUCGAUGCUCAGGCAGCCGCUGCUGAACAGAACAGGCAGUACAUCACCAACUGGCAGGAUGCUUCAGAUGAUCGCCGUGAGGAGUCUCUUGCAUACGGUCGCCAGUACCCAUACACGACACAGGGACUUGGCCUUCGAGGUGUUCACGUGCCAGUACACAUGGCUUUGCCGGUUCUUGAUGGAUCACACCAGUACCCUCCUCCCUCACGUUCUUUCGCCGAUUCACACUGGAAUAACGGCAACGAGUUGGAGUUCGACGGUUCGAGGCGACAGUAUGCAGCUCUCGGAUCGCCGUUCUCGCCUGGUGCAGAUGCGGAAUACCGUUGA